AUGACCUACCGGGGCUCCUUGCCUUCGGGGCAAGCCUUUAAUGGCCAGCAGCACCUACCUCAGACAUACCACGAUCCGUACGGCAAUGGCAACUCUAACGGCCAGAACCAAACCUUCCAGAAUGCCUCCUAUGGCAAUCUCGGACAGGCGCAACCUUCCCAUGGCAACUUCCAUCAAUCGCCCGUUCCUUCUCCCAUUGUACCUCCCGCGCCCGCGCCGAUGAACAUGCAGCCAAACGGCUACGGCCACUAUCCUCCUGCCUACGGCGGCAACUUCCCGCAGCAGCAGCAGCAACCGCACCAGCCGCAGCCGCAGCAGCACUAUCCCCAACAUCAAAGCCAACAGUCCUUUGCCCACAGCAAUGUGAUGAACUCCCCCUUUGUGUCUCCCCACGUACCUCACGCUGCUUUUCCUCCCCAGAAUACUCAAGCAGUGCGAUCGCCCGCCCUCGUUACAGCAUCCGUGCCGACCCCAGCAGCGCCGACCUUCGCCGAGUACCCGCCGCACACGCCGCAACAGCCGCAACAUCAAGCCCAAUACCAGCAACACUUUCAGCAACCGGUCCAGCCGCAGCCUCGUCAUCAGGUUCAGCAACAGCCGCAGCACGUACAACCGCAGGCGACGCAGUAUGCCCAGUUCUCUCCGCCAUCAAUGGGUCACAACCAGAGUGUCCCCGUUCUAAAUCAAGCCUUCGCGGAACCCUCGCAAGUACAACCGAGUCCAGAGCCCAACCACGCGAACUCUCCUGUCGUCCAACCUGCCAGGUCCCCCAGUCUGGCGAGGAAGUCGCCUGCCAUAUCGUCUAUGAAUUCUCCGGCGGUGUCAUCGCGGGGUUCCCCGGCACUGUCCACAAAAGCGAGAUCCUACGAUACCACCGCGAUCCUCAUACACGUUGCCGAGGAAUGCUUCGAGAAAGCUCACCGCGGCGUCCAAAAGGUCGCUGCGUCGUUAGCGGAGGAGCAGGUGCGCGAAUACCAAAAGCUGAUCACUACCGGACUCGCCUGCCUUGAGGCGGCUUUCCAGAGCAACCGUCUAUCGCCGAGACAAGAGGCCCGGGCACGGUUGAGAUAUGCCUCCAUUCUCUGCGAGGAGACUGAGAACCUUCAAGAGGCCGAGACGGCGCUCAGCAAGGGUAUUACUAUUUGCGAGAAGCAUAGAUACGCUGACCUGAAGUACUGCAUGCAAUACCUGCUGCUUAAGGUACUUUUUCAACGAAAUCAAAAGGCGGCCUUCAUUGCCAUUGACAGAAACAUAUCCGACUCUCAGACUUUCAAGCACCAUCAUUGGGUCUAUGCCUUCCGCUUGCUGAAGGCUACAUUCCAUGUGCAUGCUGGUACUCCUCCUGAUGCCCCAUUGCUGGAAAAUCUUCGCUCUCUUGCGAUAAUGGCAAUUGAGCGUCACGAUAGCGCAAUGGUAGUGUUUGCUUCUCUCCUCGAAGGUCUCGCACUGCUUCGGGUGAUUCGGUUUGAUACGAUUGAGCGUGUGCAAACCUGCCUUGCUCAGGUAUCGAAGUAUCAAUUCGACCCGAUUGUUCGAAUUCCGCAGCUAGAAAUCUUGACAUUGCUUCUCGAUCUAGCCUGCAGCAUGCACCAAAAGACGCCGGAUAUCUUGAUACACAAGCUGAAGUCUCUUCAAGCGAAGCUGGAUGACAACAUGGGUUCUUCGACAUGGAGCGACUUGAAUCCUGAGAUUCUGAUCCCAAUCAACAAACAUUCGGCACCAGCCGCUAUCCUGAGUGACGACACGAGCGCUAUUCUCAGAGCAGGGUCAUCGAGACACGAUUACGUGGUGAUGACGUUCAUGAAUAGACUCGAGAUUGUCGUUUUGACUUAUACCUUUAGUGGCCUUGCCGGCAUGUACAGACCUGGUCCAGAAUCUAGGAGAAGUCACGAGUUCUGGAAGGAGGGGUUUGAAGUAUUGGCGAAGUGGAACAAAGAAGUGGUGCCAAAGUUGUCUGGCUCGUCCCUGCAGGGGUCUAUCGAGCAGGCCAAGUGGAGGACUGAGAUGUUCUGCUAUCUGCAAGCUCUGACUGGACUGUACUUUGCCACUCAUAGCCAAUGGUCUAAAGUCGAGCAGUGUGUGGCUCAACUCCAGCAAGCGAUUACGCCAGCUGUCAACGACAUUUUCAACAUCUUCUCGCUAUACCUUUCAGGAGUCUACCAUCAAGGCACGGGCGACCUUGAGACCGCUCUCAUUCUAUUUGAGGACGAACGGCUGGACCUACUGGCGGGUUUUGGUAAUUCCAGCGGCAAGAAACCAGCAUACAUGGAGCUGUGCAUUCUCGCUGGUCUGAAUCGUCUUUGGAUUCUCCAAGAUCCCGCAUACCGCGAUUCAAUGACUUCAACCGAACUCUUGGACAAGUUGAGGGGGCACUGUAUCGAGCACCAGGACCCAGACAUCCGGACUGCUUUCAAUCUUGUUCAAGCAACAGCUCAGACCAAUCCUCCUCCGUCAAUGCACCAGAUCAAGACGAGCAUCACAAACUCGCUGAAUGGCUCAAAGGUUACGGGGAACACACAUUGCUUGGCGAUAGCCCUGAGCAUCAUGCGGUACAGGCUAUUCGACAACGUGGUGGGAGAACAGGCUCUCAAGAGCGCGAAGGCAGCUUCCACGCAGGCCAAGCGGAGUGGGAACUUGCUGUGGAUGAGUGUUGCAGAUGGCAUGUUAGCCGACUCUUUUGAGGUACAGGCAAUGUUUGCAGAUGCCGAGGCAGCACGACAGACGGCGACAGUGUAUGCAUCUUACGCGUUGACAGGCAAGGAAUAA